AUGACGAAUUCGAGAUCCAAGGUUGAUGUACACGCUCAUUUCGUGCCGCCAUGUUGGCGUGAUGCUCUCGUGGCCCAUGGCCUGGAACGUCCCGAUGGAAUGCCAGCAAUCCCGGAUUGGGAUCUGGAGAGGCAUAUACAACUCAUGGACGUCAUGGGGAUCCAGAAAUCCUAUCUAAGCAUCACCUCGCCGGGCGUUCAUCUGGUGGCUGGAAACGACGAGCUCGCAAGAAAGCUUGCGCGGGACUGCAACAACUUUGCACACGAGAUCAAAAAGAGCAUGCCCCAGAGGAUCGGAUCGUUCGUAUCUCUCCCCUUGCCUGACCUACAAGGCAGCAUCCAGGAACUGUACUACGCCUGCGACACCUUGCAGGCGGAUGGAGUCGUCCUGCAAACCAACUACCACGGCAGAUACCUGGGUGACGCGUACUUUCAGCCCAUCUUUGAGGAACUGGACCGUCGCAAAGUGGUGGUGUUUAUCCACCCAACCUCGCCGUGUAGCCACCGCGGCAGCACAUGCGACAAGGCCGCCGCCGUCCCACUCCCCCAAUACCCAGCUCCAGUCUUUGAAUUCAUGUUCGACACAUGCCGCUGCAUCAUCCAUCUCCUCCUCAGCGGGACCAUCGCACGCUACCCCAACAUCCGCUACGUCGUGCCCCACGCGGGCGGCGCCCUCCCGCCCCUCAUCCAACGAUUCUCCGAAGCUGCCGCGCUGAUUCCAGGGCUGAGCUUGGACCCCACUGUGACCCCGGCUGGUGUCCGCGCGACCCUGAACGAACGCUUCUGGUUCGAUACCGCGGGGCCGACCUUUCCCGAUCAGAUCAGGAGCCUCCUCCAGUACGUGCGGCCCGAUAGGAUUUGCUAUGGUACCGACUAUCCGUUCACACCGGCUCAGGGCGUAGAGCAUCUGGGUCGGAUCAUGGAGGAGAGUCUGGCUGAUUUAAUGGAUGAUCCCACAGACUGGGAAGGGGUGUAUAGCCGCAACGCGAUGUGGCUGCUGGAAAAACCUGGGAGUGAGGAAGCGGAGUUCGGCGAGGACAAGGACUCUUGUUAA